AUGGAAUUCUUGAAACUUAGUGUGAAGCGAAGAAGUAGUCUUCCCUUUAUUAUAGGGACAAUCGCAAUUGCGUUGUUUACGGAUCUUUUUCUUUACGGUGUUAUUACUCCUAUUCUUCCUUUUUCGUUGGUGGACCGAGUUGGUGUUCCGCCAGAAAAAGUUCAAGCUGUCAUCAGUACGCUUCUUUCUGUCUAUGCAGUUGCAAACAUUACAGCAAGCUCCCCUAUUGGGUAUCUUGCUGACAAGUUCUUAAGUAGAAAAAUGCCUAUGUUGAUUGGGCUUUUGUUUUUGGCAUCUGCAACUGGUCUAUUGACUGUAGGUACAAAUGUGCCUAUGCUUAUUAUAGCUCGUGUUCUUCAAGGAUUGUCUGCUGCGGUAGUUUGGACAGUAGGUUUGGCUUUGUUAGUCGAUGUGGUUGGACCAGAGCAUGUUGGGUCGACAAUGGGUGGAAUUUUUGGUUUUAUUUCGCUUGGUGAGAUUGUCGCCCCUGUUUUCGGAGGGAUUAUCUAUGAAUCUCUUGGGUAUUAUGCUGCGUUUGUCCUCCGAGUUCUUAUGGUUGAACCAAGGGAAGCAAAGAAAGGUUUGCAGGAUGAUCCUGAAAGUCAGCCAAUUUUACGUCCUAGAGAUGAUCCUAUGGCUACCAACAGCAGUUCGCCGAAUCCAGUCGUUAAAAUUUUCUUUCUGCCUAUAUAUAAACUUAUAUCUCAUCGUCAACUCAUUGGUCCAUUCUGGACGAGCUUCGUGAAUUCAUCUUUGUUUUCUUCUUUUGAUGCUACCGUACCAUUGGAGUUGCAGAAGAUUUUUGGCUUCAAUUCCCUUCAAUGUGGUUUAAUGUUUGGUGUUUUGAGUACCCCAUACUUUUUCUGUGGAGCUUGGGCCGGUUCUAUGGUAGAUCGUAGAGGCUCUCGGACCAUUGGUAUGUUUUCCUACGCUGUCCUGGGUGCGACAUUACUCCUUUUGUGCAUCCCUAGAACAUAUUCUACCUUCAACGUAUACUUGUUUGGAAUCUUUUUGGCUUUGAAUGGGGUUGUCUUAUCUUUCACAUCAUCUCCAGGAUUUGUACAGUCUUCUCGUUAUGUUGCUGAAUAUGAAUUAGAACACCCUACCUUCUUUGGAUAUAAUGGCCCUUAUACACAGCUCUUUAGUGCUUACAACAUUGUCUACUCCCUUGGAAUGAUUAUCGGUCCUAUUGUCUCUGGAUUCUUUCGCGAUCGUUAUGGCUUUAUUGCUUCGACUACAUACCUGUCAAUACUAUCCUUCAGUGCCAGCAUAGUAGCCAAGGUUUGUUUUAGUGACCGUGAUGAGACUGAAGAGUCUGCUUAA